AUGGUCCGCUACCUCUGUGUCGCCGAGAAGCCUUCCAUCUCAAAGGCCAUCACCCAAAUUCUGUCAGGCGGACGUUUCACAACGGUCAGUUGACCCGCCCUACGACACUCACCCAGCCGGUCGUCCAAGCGUCGUUAAUUGAUCAUCUCCUAUUCACGUUCCCAACAGCGCAACGCUCGACACCCCCAAUGGAUCAAGAACUACGACUUUUCGUAUCGACUACCUCAACAUGGUCCGGCCUUCACCGACUUCACCGUCACCGCCGUUGCGGGCCAUCUCAUGACAUCCGACUUCCCCGAAGCGUACAAGAAUUGGCGAGGUUGCGAUCCGUUUACCUUGUUCGAUGCACCCAUCAAUCAAACGGUCAACUCGGUCAGUCCGAUCAAGACCAUACUUGUCCAAAAGCAUGUGUGCUGAUUCAUGAAGACCUCUCCGACCUCAGGAUCCGAAUCAACAAGGCAUCGCGGCAAAUUUGGCCGCCGAAGCGAGGAAUGCGACCCACCUCAUGAUCUGGACCGAUUGCGAUCGUGAAGGCGAACACAUCGGCAGUGAGGUCGCAACCGUGUGUCGCAAAGCCAAUCCGAGGAUCAUCGUCAAGCGAGCGAGGUUCAGUGCCAUCAUAGCCAAGUCGGUGCCUCUCUGCCCCGGAGCUCAAUCGUGAUCGGCCCGAACUGACGGUUCGCUCCUUUAUAUAGCCAAAUCAACAACGCUUGUCAGAACGCAGUCGAACUUGAUAUGCGACAAGUCAAUGCUGUGGCCGCUCGGAUGGAUCUCGACCUCCGUGUUGGAGCCGCCCUGACUCGGACGCAGACGCUUGGGCUGCAGGGCCGUUUCGCAGCUCUGGCGGAGAAGAUCAUCAGCUAUGGCAAGUGAAUGAAGCUGGCUACGAGUCAACUGACACCAGACUGAUUCCAAGCUCGCACCGAACUUGCAGGUCCUUGUCAAUUCCCUACAUUGGGCUUCGUCGUCGAUCAAUACGAACGUGUGCAGGCAUUCAUCGCCGAGCGAUUUUGGUUCAUCCGAGUCGCGAUCACGAGGGAGGACUCGACAAUGGUGUUUCGGUGGCAACGAGGAAAAUUGUUUGACCACGAUGUGGCGGAAGCCCUAUUUGAGCAAUGUCAGGAGGAGCCGGAGGCGACGGUGCUGUCGCAGCAAACCAAGCCGACUCAGAAAUGGUCAGUCAUUUUGAGGCAUCAACAGCCAGAGCCUGGUAUUGACUGAUGCUCGGUGGAUGCUCUGAUAGGAAACCUCUACCACUGACCACGGUUGAGCUGCAAAAGACGGGAUCUCGACUUUUGAGAAUGACGCCCAAGCAGAUCCUCGAUGUAGGCUCUAUCCGGGCGACUCAUCCGAGUGUCACACUCUUACUAAUGAAGAGCCGGUCGAUUCGUACAGACCUCGGACAGCUUGUAUCAGCGCGGUAUCUUGUCCUACCCACGUACGGAGACCGACAUCUUUGACAAGGAUUUCGAUUUCAUGGACCUGAUCCAGAAACAGACUGGCGAUGGCGCUUGGGGGCCUUUUGCGACCAAGUGAGCCGGGCCGGACGACACACAUCACUACGCUGUAUAUAGAUGAUAUUGAUGAUUGAUGACUACAUUCCGUUCACCCAGCCUCGCGAACGGCGGCUUCGAGCGACCCCGGAACGGCAAAAAGGACGACAAAGCCCACCCCCCUAUCCACCCGACUUCCCACGUCAACAACCUCACAGGCGACGACAAGAAGGUCUACGAUCUCGUCGUGCGACGAUUUCUCGCUUGCUGCUCCAAGAAUGCUCGAGGCCUCGAAACGACGGUCGAGCUCUCGAUCGCCGACGAACGCUUCACCGCUUCGGGCUUGAUCGUCCAAGAACGCAACUACCUCGACGUCUACAUCUACGACAAAUGGGCCGGCAACCUAUUACCCUCGUUCGAGGUCGGCGAACGCUUCGUCCCCGACGAAUGCUCACUCGAUGAAGGUUCUACGACCCGCCCCAAUCUCUUGACCGAAGCCGAUCUCGUUUCUCUAAUGGACAAGAACGGCAUCGGAACAGACGCGACGAUCGCCGAACAUAUCGCCAAGAUCAUCGAGCGCGAAUACGUCAUGAAGCAACGCCAAGGAGGGACCGAAUACCUCGUUCCUUCGACAUUAGGGAUCGGCUUGGUCGAGGGGUACAACGCGAUUGGGUUCGAUAAGUCUUUAUCGAAGCCUUAUUUGCGAAGGUUGACGGAACGGCGGAUGGAUGAGAUUUGUCAGGGGAGUAAAACGAAGACGCAGGUGAUUGAUGAGACGUUGGAUGAGUAUAGGCAGAUGUUCAUCAAGGCCAAGAGGGAGUUUCAAACCUUUAUCGAUUCAGUCGCAAAGUAUAUCGAUGGGGACGGAGGAGGAGGUGCUGGUGGGGAUGGUCCGAGCGAUGAUGAUCAGGGUGGAGGGGGCGCACCCGCGGCUGGGAGACGACCGAGGGGAGGGGCAGCUGAGGGGAGAGGGAGGGGCAGGGGCAGAGGGGCUGCUGCAAGGGGACGUGGUGCAGGUCGAGGGGCGGGAGCCGGGAGGAAUAAUGAGGACGAUGACGAUGAUGGAUCGAACGGGCCUACCGGUGGAGGAGCAAGAGGUCGUGGACGAGGGAGAAGCGCAGCUGCUACUGCCACUGCCGCGACAGGACCUACUCGAGCGGAAGCUGGACGAAGUCGAAAGAAUGCACAGCCGCUUCCACCCGCGGUUCCCAAAGACGAAGUCGAAAUUGAAGACGAGGCCGAAACUGGGCAUGACAACUACGAGUAUGACAUGGAGUCGGUUGGGAUGGGUUAGUUUAUGUGGUCCCCUUUUCAUCUAAACUGCUCCCUGAUGCGGGUUCGCUCUUAACAGAACAAGCCAUAGCGAUCGGACGGAAACUCUACAUCCGCGAACGGGAGGCCAUGCUUCGCAACACCCCACCCGGCAUGCCACCUACCUGCGAUUGCGGUGAUCUAUCGGUUAAGAAGACGGUCAUGAAGCAAUCCGCCAAUACGGGUCGCAAGUUUUGGGCGUGUCAUUUGGGCAUGGGUGGUUGUGGUUUCUUUGCGUGGGCCGAUGAACCGGGGGCUUCCCGAGGGAACACGGCGUCACCGCCGAAGAAACGACCAUUUGCUGGUCCGAGCGACGUGAGCUCUUCAGCCUGUGCAUACAGAAAAAAGAGUUCAGCACUGAACUCCUUGUCCGUCACAACAGUCGCGAUCGCCCGUUCGACCUCGCUUCGCCGCUCCGACUGGGCAAGAUGCAGCGGAGGGACAACGAUGCGACUGCAACCUCACGCCUGUCGAACGCACCGUCACCAAGGAAGGCCCUAACACCGGUCGACGAUUUCUGAUGUGCAAUAACACGUCCAAGAGCGCACAAUGCAAGUACUUUGUGUGGCUUGACGAGGGGGAUGCUUCAGGUCGGGCUGGAGGAAGUGGGAGUACAAAUAAUGGUGCAGGCACGGGAGUUGGAGGAGGCCGCCCCCCGACAGGAGAAUGCUUCAUUUGCAAGCAAGAAGGACAUUGGUCACGAGACUGCCCGAGCAAGAACAUAGCAAAGGGUGACGACUGGAACGGUAGUGGUAACGGCGGCGGUGUUCGAGCUCCGACGGGCGAGUGUUUUAUUUGCAAGGAGGAAGGGCAUUGGUCGAGGGACUGUCCCAGCAAGAAUGAGCGAGGAGGCGGGGGUGGAGGGGCUUCGAAUGGAGCCAGAGCUGCUGGAGGCGGAGGGACAUGCUUCAGUUGUGACGAAGAGGGCCACUACUCGUCGGCUUGUCCCAAUCCCAAAGGCGGUAGUGGAACGGGUGGGGGUUCGUCCAAGAGGGGCCGUGGUCGUGGUCGAGGGGGCUCCACCGCGCGUGGGGGUCGAGGUCGAGGUAACAGAUACGGGUGA